GCUGAGUAAGCUGCGAACGGUGAGCGCCCUCCCGCGAGACCGGCAACAGUACCGAGUAUCACGUGCAAAGUGCAUCCUCGUGAUUACGACGAAGGAAGUCAACCCAGAAGCUGCCAACUGAAGCCAAGAGGCAAAGCCUAUCUGUGAUCAGUUACGUGACCUUCGAGGGUGGUGAAGCCACUCCACGCCCAUUCGGCGUCAUCUUCAUCCGCCUCCGCCUGUGUGCAUCCGCCCACCUCCAGCCAGCAGUGCUCGCCAUGGGUGUGUCAAUGCGAUGCUGCCUGCUGGCCGUGACUGUGCUGUCCGCGCUUCUGGCGUCAGCUGCCGCCAUGCCCGCCUGCAACUGCACCUACCGCAGCUGCGAGCCCGAGCUGCGCGAGUUCCACUGCCCGUACGGCGAGGGCCGUGACCCGUGCGACUGCUGUCGGGUCUGCCUCAAGGGGCCGGCCGACAAGUGCGGUCCCCUGGAGACGCCCUGCGGCCACGGCCUCUACUGCGAUCCCGUCAAGGGACAGUGCCGCUCCGUGCAUCAGGCAUGACCUGGGUGAGAGUUUCAGCCAGCAGCGGCGUCCUGCAGGGAACACCGUGACGGACUUCGUGACAGCCGUGACGGUUCGAGCGCUCCGUGACGCGAGACCGGCCAGCUAGCCACCGCGAGCAGUGCCGGCAGAAGGCGGGCCACCCCGCCGGUGCCUCACCGCUACACCUUGGGAAGACCAACGCGGUAAGCGCUGACAACUGCCAGUGAAGCAGCAGACCACCGUACUCCGUCGAGACACAAUGGACUGUGUGCAGCGGUCCAAAGCAGGAGCGCCCCAUCACCAUCUCAGUCGCCGACCUCACUGUCCGGCCCGCUACGUCCUAUCGGCCGUAGCCACCAGACGUCCGGUCGUGCUCGCACGACCCCGACGCUCUGAUUUUGCCAAAGAGACCAGUAUUUGUAUGAGAGAAUGAGCGUGGAAUCGGUUGAGUGCAUACGAUGAAUGCACUGUCGCUGAGCUUGUUGCGUAGUUGAGUUUUUAUUGCUAUCUUGUUGACAAUGCAUCCAUAGUGUUAUACCAUGAAGUCGUUAAUACAGAGACCAGUACAAACGGACA